CUUUCGAUCUAGACGAAUCAAAGUGGGGGGUGAACGUUCAAUCAUUGUCCGGUUCACCGGCAAACUUGUACGUGUACAACGCGAUACUCAGGCCACAUGAGAGAUUGAUGGGACUGGAUUUACCACAUGUUAGCUUGUCUCAUGGCUACCAAACAGGUUCCAGGAAAGUGUCCGCAGUCUCCGUUUACUUUGAAACGUUUCCUUACCGAUUGAACGAGGAAACGGGUAUAAUAGAUUAUGAUGCUCUGGAAAAGAACGCGAUUUUAUACCGACCAAAAAUUAUAAUUGCUGGCGCCAGUGCAUAUCCGAGGAAUUAUGACUACGCACGCAUGAAGAUGAUUGCCGAAAAGGUAAACGCGUACCUGAUGGCUGAUAUUGCACACAUAAGUGGAUUAAUUUCGGCCGGCGUUUUGCCUUCGCCAUUUGAGUUUGCCGAUAUUGUUACCACCACGACGCACAAAUCCCUUCGGGGUCCGCGCGGUGCUCUAAUAUUCUUCAGGAAGGGUGUUAGAAAAGUCGACAAGAAAGGCAGGGGUCCACACAAUCAUACCAUCACAGCUCUUGCUGUAGCACUUAAGCAAACCGAGACGUCGGCAUUUAAGGAAUACCAGGGGAAAGUACUUAAAAAUAGUUUCGCGUUUGCCGAGGCAUUCAAGAGCAAAGGAUAUAAGCUAGUUUCGGGCGGUACGGAUAAUCAUUUGUUACUUGUGGAUUUAAGACCUAAGAAGAUUGACGGCGCUCGCGUUGAACGCAUCCUUGAGUUAGCAAACAUUGCGGUAAAUAAAAACACCGUUCCUGGCGAUGUGAGCGCGUUAAUUCCUGGUGGAAUUCGCGUUGGCACACCUGCAAUGACAACUCGCGGCUUUGCCGAGUCGGACUUUGAAAAGGUGGUUGAAUUCAUUCACCAGGCCGUGGAGAUGGCCAUCGAUAUCAACAAGAAAGUUCCUGGAACGAAAUUGAAAGAUUUCAAGGAUUAUAUGGGGAAGGACGGAUUUAAAGAGCCUUCGAUUAAUGAAUUAAAGCAGCAAGUGAUUGGAUUUACUAAGGGGUUUCCCACUAUUGGAUUUAACGAGAGCGCAGUUUCUCGAAGGCUACUUAAAGAACUCAGAGAUUAUCAAAAAGAGCCAAAUCCUGAUCUAGCUGAACUUUCGCCAAUACAAGAAGAUAAUAUUUUAAUUUGGAAAGCAGAAUUGCGGGGUGAAGUUGACACACCUUAUGAAGACAGGAGAAAUAUGCCUGGAUAUUUUGAAGACGGCGUGGAGCCCUGCAUGGACUUUGCAAUCUGCUUGCAUGGCAAUUAG